AUGGGGUUUGAAAAAUGUCCACAAGAGCACGCCAUAUACAAGAAACAAAGUGGGAAAAGCUUGUUGAUAGUAGGUGUUUAUGUUGAUGAUUUAUUGGUUACAGGCACAAAUCACAAAGAGGUGACUAUAUUCAAGUCUCAGAUGAUGAAAGAAUAUGAAAUGAGUGAUCUGGGGUUGUUGUCCUACUACCUUGGCAUAGAGGUAGAACAAAGUGAAGGUUCUAUGACGAUCUCUCAAACAAGUUAUGCAAAAAGGAUAAUUGAAGCAGCAGGUAUGGGUGAUUGUAAUGCAGCCAUGUACCCGAUGGAACCAAAGCUUAAAUUAACGAAAGAUGAAGAUGGAGAAUCAGUGAAUGAAACUCAGUUUAGAAGUCUGGUUGGAAGCCUUCGUUAUCUACUUCAUACACGACCGGACUUAGCUUUUUCAGUUGGUGUGGUCAGCAGGUUUAUGCAGACUCCUAAAGUAAGUCAUUUGAAAGCUUUAAAACAGAUCUUGAGAUAUGUAAAGGGGACACUUAACUAUGGCUUGAAGUACAAAAAGGGCGGAGAUGGUGAAGUAACUGGUUACAGCGAUAGCAGCCACGGAAAAGAUGUGAUGGAUCGAAGAAGUAAUACAGGUACAGUGUUUUACUUUUCUGGAAACCUAAUUACUUGGUUAUCACAAAAGCAAAGAACUGUUACCUUGUCAUCCUGUGAGGCUGAGUUUAUAGCAGCAACCACAACAGCCUACCAGGCUUUGUGGCUGAGAAGCUUGUUGGCUGAUCUUACGGGAAUGAAGCCAAGUAAAGUGAAGUUCUAUGUUGACAACGAAUCCGCAAUAGCUCUGAUGUAA